GCAUUGCAUCUCCCAAAAGUAGAAGAGCAAGAGCAAGCGCUUCGACGGCUUCCCGAGAUCUCAUCCGUCCUUCUCCGUUCUAAUCGCAUCGUUCCCUACUCUUCUUUCUUCGAUCGGUCUCUCCUCUUCUUCGAUCGCUGCUUGACAGAGGAGUUUCAGCCUCAGGAGUCCCGGAAAUGGGAUGUGACGCCAGAUCUGGAGCCUCGAUUCUGCCCCCGAUCCGAUUCUGAUCUGUGGAGUUCUCUCGUUGUCGAGCUGAAUCCAUGGCGGGCGCCGUCUCCGCGCUGUUCCUCCUCGACAUCAAGGGCCGCGUCCUCAUCUGGAGGGACUACCGCGGGGACGUUUCCGCAGUACAGGCCGAGCGCUUCUUCACAAAGCUCAUCGAAAAGGAGGGAGACCCGGAGUCACACUCGCCUGUGGUGUUCGAUGGUGGGAUCAGUUAUACGUUCAUCCAGCACAAUAAUGUCUUUCUAAUGACAGCUGCGAGGCAGAAUUGCAAUGCUGCUAGCAUCCUCCUCUUCCUGCAUCGCGUCGUUGAUGUAUUUAAACAUUAUUUCGAGGAAUUGGAGGAAGAAUCCUUGAGAGAUAAUUUUGUAGUUGUGUACGAGUUGCUUGAUGAGAUGAUGGACUUUGGUUACCCUCAGUACACUGAAGCUAAGAUUCUGAGUGAAUUCAUCAAGACAGAUGCGUAUAGGAUGGAAGUCGUACAGAGGCCUCCAAUGGCUGUCACAAAUGCAGUGUCAUGGCGCAGUGAAGGCAUUCGAUACAAGAAAAAUGAAGUAUUCUUGGAUGUUGUUGAAAGCGUGAAUAUUCUCGUUAACAGCAAUGGACAGAUUAUCCGUUCUGAUGUUGUCGGAGCGUUGAAGAUGAGAACAUACUUGAGUGGAAUGCCUGAAUGUAAACUUGGGCUGAAUGAUCGGGUACUUUUGGAAGCUCAAGGGCGGACAACUAAGGGAAAAGCUAUAGACUUAGAUGAUAUAAAGUUUCACCAGUGUGUACGAUUGGCACGUUUUGAGAAUGAUAGGACAAUAUCCUUCAUACCGCCUGAUGGGUCAUUUGACCUGAUGACAUACAGACUCAGCACUCAGGUAAAGCCUCCAAUCUGGGUGGAGGCUCAAGUUGAGAGGCACUCAAGAAGUCGCAUUGAGAUCACAAUUAAGGCAAGAAGUCAGUUCAAGGAAAGGAGCACGGCUACAAAUGUGGAAAUUGAGCUGCCUCUACCUCCGGAUGCCACCAAUCCCAACAUUCGGACUUCCAUGGGUUCUGCGUCAUCUGCUCCUGAAAAGGACGCAUUGGCCUGGAAAGUAAAAUCUUUUUCUUGCGGCAAGGAAUACAUGUGUAGGGCAGAAUUUAGUCUUCCGAGUAUAGCUGCAGAAGAGGCAACUCCAGAGAAAAAGGCUCCUAUACGUGUGAAGUUCGAGAUCCCGUAUUUCACUGUCUCUGGCAUACAGGUUCGGUAUCUUAAAAUCAUCGAGAAGAGCGGAUACCAAGCUCUCCCCUGGGUGAGAUACAUUACAAUGGCAGGGGAAUAUGAACUGAGACUCAUCUAAGAACCCAUUUGUACGCUGUUUGGCACUUGUGUUCAAGAUUUCAAGCUUUUAUUACUUGGAUUCACAUGAAGUAUGAAGAUUUAUUAAUUUUCUCUUUGAAAUACAGCAGAGUUGCAAUCAGCAAUAUUGUGUUUUACACUUGAUUUAGCAUCUAUAUGUUUAGUGUCGGAAGGAUUCAAUGCUUGUUCGAAAUGAUCACUAGAUCACUGUUCAUUUUCUUUUUAAUUGAAUGUAUUGAUAGCUUGAUUACAAUUAUUCCCGAUUUCUUUUCCAUUUGUGUCA